CUGUCCAUCGAGCGACUUCUUCUGCUACGGUCGUACGAGUAAGAGUUCAUCUCUUCCGGAUCUCUUGUUUCUCUUUAUCUGCAGAGGACGACCUGGAGUUCAUCAGCUUUAUUCUCACAGGACGGGAUUCAGAUUUACCUUUCGGUCUCUCUUCUACUUACCUUUUCCCCUGUUGUUUCCUCUGACACGAUGUUCAUCUUGAGCACGGCUGUUUUCUUGAAACUCCAGUGGGGAAUCGGUGCUGACCUAGCUCGUUUGCUGUCUUCACUCCUUGAUUUCUUGGUUCACUUUAUUUCUCUCUUCCUAGAUCUUGCUUAUACCAUGCGUUUCUGUGACGAAGCUAUUGAGCACUCUUCCAUCUGCCCCCUUUCCUUCCCUUUCACCAGGCUGCAGGAGUAGCAGGGAACAAUGGCGGCGGCGUCGAAGUCGUCAAUCGAGAACGUGACGGCGGUGGACUCCACCGCAUUGGACUGCGGCGUAUGCGAAUGUCCACUGAAACCGCCGAUCUUCCAGUGUGAAGUGGGACACAUGGUGUGCUCAGAGUGCAAAGAGAAGAUGGCAGCAGCGAAGACGUGCCAUGUGUGCCGGCGCACCCUUGCCGGUGGCUACAAGCGGUGCUACGGCGCGGAGCACAUCGUGGAGUGCCUCAAGGUACCGUGCCCCAACACGGCCAACGGCUGCCCCGCCAAGCUAGCCCGCUACGCCGAGAGCGCGCACCUCCAGGUUUGCAAGUACCGGCCGUUCCAAUGCCCCGUAGAGGACUGCACCUUCGCCGACCGAUACCUGUCGGCGCUCAAGCACCACUUGAAAUACACGCACAAAUGGCCGUCAACCAACGUCUACGAUGGCACCUCGAACCUGGCCCUCGUCGACGGCUUCAAUGUAAUCAUACCCUGCCCCGGUUCCCGACCGCAGCCAACUGAAACUCUAUGGCCAUACUUUGGGAUUCCCGUUUAUCACAUGCUCAUCCUAAAGGUGACCCGGGAGUCGUAUGGCCGCGUCGUCACUCCCGUCCACAUACGUGCUCGGGACGCCAAGGAAUGCCGGCUGAAGCUCGCGUACGAAACUCCUUGCGGCACCCAUCGCCUGGAGUAUGCAUUCAACGUGCCGUCCACUGAUGUCUCCGCCUCCGGUGGGGGUGGGCUGUCUUCUCCGGACGACCGCUUUGACUUCGUCGUCCCAAAAUCCGUUCAGCCGCUCGACAUGGAUACUAUCAAGGUAGCAUUCUCAUGCUGGUACCUUGACAAUGUCGAGUCCUAAGUCAUAACCAGAGCAAGGACUAGUCAGAGACCUGGAGGGUUAGUUUGGACUGCUCUUAAAUUGUUGCGGGGCUAGUUUAUGCAUUUUGCUGGCGAGAAGAACUGUUACUCAGUGUGGUGCAGCCUGUUGAUCUGGGCAAGACUAGUUUUUAUUUUGUUAACCUCAGCCAUGAACUAUCUAUAAGCUUAAUCUGCUACUAUGUCUAUGUGCUACUCCACUACUCCUGCUAUGUUCCUAUGUGUGAUGCAUGGCUCCUUUUGUAAUAUGUUGGUGCUGCAUCUAUAUCAAGUUUAU